UCCAUAGCGACGGGGUACGCGAAGUGACAAAAUGAAUGGGACUUUGGUGAUAUGCGUGAUGAAUAGGACAGCGGCACAAAAGAUACUAUGAAUGAUCUUUGAACUUGAUUACAACUGGCACAAUGAAAUGGGGAAAAGGAAACAGCACACUGACCCGUGUCAUACAUUUGUUCCAAAGAUCAGUGAGACUAGCAAGAAACUCGCACUGCGAAGGCUAGAGAACUUGGAUACGAAAGGCAUACCCCAUUUUAUGCUGGAAACCAGAAGCAAAGUCAAAUUGCAUGAGCCACUUGAACCUAUUCCGCCAAUAUCACCAAAUUACAGUUAUCCAACUGUCAAAGAAGGAUGGGUUAAAGGUUUUCACAAAUCAAAAGUAAAUGAUUGUGCUAUAAGCCCAGACACUGACGGAAUCGUUUCUCCACCAGUCAUGAGCAAAAAUGCUGUACUUCCACCCAGAAGGGUCGACUUGGAUGAGAAUAUUUUCACUUUUCGUCCAAAAGUCAGUUCAGCUAGUGUAAGAAUAGCUGAAAACCUCGGUUCAGAUUUCAUGUCUAGGCAACAACAGCAUUUGGAUCGGCAAAAGAAACUUAUUGAGCAGGCAACACUUCAUCAUCGUAUAGAGAACGCCUAUCUGUCUCCCUUUAACAGCAGUCGUAAACUUAGGGAGAAAGUGUUAAAAGAAUGUGGGGAUGCUAACAAUAAUGCUGUAUCACCGGAGGGGCCAGACAGCCAGCUAGGCAGCACACGCACGGACUCGGACGGAGGGGACGCAGAGACGGACACCAUGUGUCCAGCACAGACCUUCCCCAAGACACAUGUCAGCGCGACCGGGCUGCAGAGGCUGCUGGAUGGUCCCUACACUAAUGGUGCCCAGGACAUGGUGAUGAAGCGCCACCAGGCUCGCUACCACUCCCACCCGACCUUCAGUAAACAGAGGCUUCUUGUUGACUCAGGGGACAGUGAAGUGAAAGGAGAUGACUCAGAUGUGUCCAGUAGCUUGUCACGCAGCAAGACCAUGCCAUCACUGGGACGUCCCAAACUCACUCGGAGGCUGACGGGGGUGGCAGAUGGGGAGAGGUUACGUCAAGCCAAGGAGAUUGUAGAGAAAGCAAUUAAGUACCGCAAGGUGUUCACCAUCCAAGGUGGCUACUCCGUGAUUCGCCAGAGUCUGCGUCGCAGGGGUUGGGUGGAGAAGUUCUACCGGAUACCUGGGCCGGGCAAGAAGGCUAACAAGUCCAAACAUAAGAGAACAUCUGAUGACGAUGAUAGUGAUGAUGACGAUGAUGAUGGUGGUGGUGCCACUGAUGGCAAUGACAAUACUGAUGGCAAUGAUGAUGAUGAUGAUAAUGAUGAUGACAACGAUGAUGACAACCAUGAUGGUGGUGACCAUCCAAAGAUACCACCCUGGGAGGAGGAUGAUGGCUUGUAUGGAAUCAUGUCACGGAUGGUUCGCAAUGUGAACCCGUCAUUCAUCUGGGUGUUGAAGAGAGAUGUGAUAGACUACCGCUUCCUGUCAAAGGAGCAGAUGGUCAAUCAUUACUGCAAGGCUGGAUCAUUCACCACCAAGGUUGGUUUGUGCGUCAACAUGAAGAAUGUGCCGUGGUAUGACAACGCUGACCCUGACAUGUUCUUUCCCCGAUGUUAUCGACUCAGCCAGGAGGAGGACAAGGCAGCCUUCAUAGACGACUACCGGCUGACGGCUUGCAUGAACAUCAUCAAGAUUGUGGUGAGUCAGAGCAUGGAUGGUACUGUACAACCCAAGGAGACAGGGGAAGACACGCCCACCUCCCCUGCCUGUACUAACCCCGAGUGUACCCGAUCUGUACCCAACUCCACCUCCGGCAACAAGUGUGUCCACACACAGAAGGGGGAGGAAGACAAACAGGCGGAGGACAAAGAUGAACCCAAGGAUUCAUCCGAUUCAUCCAAACCCUCAUCAUUAACGCCCCGGGGGAAGAAGCCCAAGAAGAAGGUGCAGGUGCCCUUGCGAGUUCUGGAGCAGGCCAUGUAUAGAUGUGAGCAGUUCCUCGCCUCCAAGGACCACGAUGAUAUUGAUGUUCAUCAUGAUCCUAUGACUCUGACAGAUGGCCAGUGGGAUCAGCUGAUCCAGCACUACUAUCACCUGGCACAUGACGAGGGCAUCAUGCAGUCUGUGGCUCAGAACAUCCUCGGCCAGUGUGAGAGUCUUCUCAACAGACUCAAGACAAGAUGGCCUCAGUAUGAGAUGGACGGCGCUCGAAAUGUCUGGAUUGUCAAACCUGGGGCCAAGUCAAGAGGGAGAGGUAUCAUAUGCUAUGACAGAAUCGAGGACAUGUUGAAGCUGGUCAACUCCCAGGUUGUGCGGAAAGACAGCAAGUUUGUUGUGCAGAAGUAUAUAGAGCGGCCAUUGUUGAUCUACAACACCAAGUUCGACAUCCGCCAGUGGUUCCUGGUGACGGACUGGAAUCCCCUGACUAUCUGGUUCUACCAGGACAGCUACCUGCGCUUCUGUUCCCAGCAGUACACGCUGGAUGACUUCAACGAGGCAAUCCACCUCUCCAACAAUGCCAUACAGAAGCACAAGAAGAACGGUCCCCGCUCCAACAAGCUGCCCAGUGACAACAUGUGGACCCACGAGGACUUCCAGGAAUAUCUCAAGACUCGGAAGCAGGCUACUGCGUGGGAGGACAUCAUCUACCCUGGGAUGAAGAAAGCACUCAUCUGUGCCCUCCUGGUGACUCAGGAUAUCAUAGAGUACAGGAAGGCGUCUUUUGAGUUGUACGGUGCUGACUUCAUGCUGACGGAGGACUGCCAGCCCCUGCUGAUCGAGAUCAACUCCUCACCAAGCAUGGAGGCCAGCACGCCCAUCACAGCCCGACUCUGUACCAACGUCCUCGAGGACACCAUCAAAGUUGCAGUAGACAGGAAAUAUGACCGAAAUUGCGAUAUUGGUCGCUUUGAGCUUGCUUACAAGCAACCAUUGGUGACAGUGCCGCCAUACAUUGGCAUCAAUCUCAGUGUGGAUGGCCAGGCCAUUCGCAAACCAGGAGUACGUAGGCCUGAUGUUGCCAUUCCAGUGGAACCCUACUUCACUCCACGGAAUAGUGUCCGACAAAGUUUGUCCAAUGAGAAAGUGGCCGAAACUAAGAAGUCAGGGGGAAGUAACUCUGUGCCAGCAGCAGGGAAGUCAAGUGGCGAGGGUGGGAAAUCCACAGGAUCUUCCAAAGCCAGCAGUUCCGAGUCUGGCAAUACUAAGGGACAUUCUACCAAGUCAGAGCCAGUAUCUCAGGACUCGGGUCACAAAGCUUCAGUUAUAAUGGUAUCGAAAUCGGAGAGUAAAAGAUCGGAAUAUGUUGAUAGUCACCACUCUAUAAAGAAUCAUCCCCAGCCUCCAUCGCAUCCCAAAGUGUGCACUCAGACGCCUUAUCUGGCAGGACUGACAACUCGGCGGAUUGUAUCACGGACGUCUGUGUCGAACAACUACACGAUCCCACCCACGAUAAUGGACAGGCAAAACAAGGCCACUGUGUCCGUUAACAAUGUGGAGUCCACAGACUUAAAGACAAUGAAAUCCACUGGAGUUGUCAAAGGUUGUGUAGAUGCAUUAAUCGACGGCACAUGGGGCCGAACUUGUAGUGAGUGUGGGGGUGGAAUGAACUUACAUCUCGAUAACGUCAACCCUAACUGCCGAUGUCGACAAGACAGCGUUAUCGUUACCAUGGCGUACGGACGAGCUCGGAGUGCACGGUUUGCUGCGCCCCCCUUCCACCCCAGCAGCGGGUACAAUCAUCCCCGUCCCCCAAGUGCAUCCUUCAUCCCUCAAACUAAGGGCAAGGGCAGUAGCAAUACAGGCUUCAAGAACAUGAAAAUGGAGAAGGUUUUGUUGAAAUACACUGAUGGUGGAAUCAAACGUCCAAUACCUCUAGCAAUGCAGGCUAAUCCACUUCCGAAGCUGGUACGCAGAUACAUUGGGCGCCGAAUGGUGCCUAGUCAUGACACAAACAUGCUCCAGAGCACUGUUUAUAUAGACACUUCACAGAUAGAGAACCCUCUAUCUAUUGUAUCCCAGAGCUACUGUCGGUGAUGAAGGUGUUGCUCUGAUCUCACAAACCAGCCUUGAUAUGGAAACUUGUCAUUCUCCAUUUGUCCGUCACAGAUGAAGAGCUAAGCGAUUCCUUCACUCUUUAAGCAGCCAAGAAUGAUUUCUACUCACAAAACUCAUUUUUCUUGGCCAGUCACUAGAAGGACAUGGUCUCUUCAGGUACCAUAGUUGAUGAUAACUUCCUUAGCCAGUGCUUUUUUUCAUCACUAGAUAAGUAAUUUUUUUGAAUUAUGAAUGAAAUGUAUUUUUUGUAAUUAACAAAAUAUUAUUUAUUUCUUUAAAAGAAUUUAACAUGUCCUCAGUUUGAAAUGUUCUUGAAGCCUGAGUUCACUGUCAGCGUCCACCUGAUGUAUGCUCAAUCAUGUAGUAUGUAUAUAUAUACACAAGGGACAGGUGGAGAUCUCAGUGUUAUUUAUAUGGGUUUGUUUGAGUGACAUAUUGUUGUUAUUGUUGUUAUGGUAGUCACAUCAAUAGAGAGACAUGUUAUUGUGUGAUGUAUCAUCGUAACGGGUGUUGAUUUCUCGGUUCAUACAUACAUCGUUGUACAUUGAUUGCUUUUUCAUCUUCAUGGAUCAGCUGUGAAAAUCACUGGUGUGUCAUUUAUGUGUUAUUAACAUAUGCAGUUUGACAAACCUUUGUUGCAAUGAUUUAUCUAUAAAGCAGUAGACAUGUCAGACAUGCAAUACCCUGCACACAAUUAUGUUAUAACCUGACCAGCAGCAUUUUACAGUUACAUUCCAAUUUUAUGUUAUUGUGGAAUUAUUUUAAUUUUUUUCUUUAUCCAUAAAAUAACAUCGCCAAAUCUCAGUAAUUCACCUUCAGGAAGUUAUGCCACGGAGGUGUGAAUUCUGUGAAUUCAGUGUAUGAAUCAAGACUUAGAAAUAAAAAAUGGUGUUCCUAUUUUUUUAGAACUGUAAUCUUUUGUUCAAUGGAGGUACUAAUAGUCAUAUGUUUCUUCAAUACAUUCCAGUGUAUAGACAAAUAUUUGUCAAACUGUUUAUACAUGAACCUCAUGAUAGCAGCAUUAUCAUUGUUGUCGUUACAGUAUCAUUCCACUCCAUAUCAUUUUGUUAACGAAACUCUGAAAAUAUUUUUUCAGGGCAGAUUUGUUUCUGCUUGUUGGGACAGACACAUUUCUGAUUUUCAUGUUCUAUUUUUCUGUUAAUACUUUUCUGGUUUACCUUUUAUACUUCUGUACAGUACAUAUAACAUCUUUUCAAAUUCUAUUCUUAUUUUAAUAAUAUGGUUUCAAAUUUAAUUUAUAACCUUUAACAAGUCCUGCCACCAAACAGAGAUCAAAUAAGCCAGUCAGUUAUACAGUGGUAAGUUGUUAAUAUAUGAGAGUUUGGGGCUGUCGGGUAGCCUAGUGGUUAAAGCGUUCGCUCGUCACGCCGAAGACCCGGGUUUGAUUCCCGACAUGGGUACAAUGUGUGAAGCCCAUUUCUGGUGUCCCCCGCCAUGAUAUUGCUGGAAUAUUGCUAAAAGUGGUGGAAAGCCAUACUCACUCACUCACUCACUAUGAGAGUUGAUUUUAUUACUUUACACAUGUUGGUAUUUGUUUCCAACUGUAGACAGCUCCCCACGUCACUGUAAAUUUGGUUUCGGAUAGCGUUAUAUCAAACUAACCGUUUCAGAAAAUGAUUACAGUGCUAUGAUUAGUCUUUGUUGAAAGAAUGAGAAAAUCAUAGGAUUAAGAUGUAUUUGAAACCCUCGACCCUGUUCCACAAAGUGAUCUUAGCAUUAAGAUGAUCGUAACUCCCAUAUCUUAACAUAGGCUUAUGUAAGUCGUAGUGCUAAUGUGGUUUACGACUUAUGCUGAAUCGGAAUUGAUGAUUGGGUAUAGAAGGCUCAUCACAGGUUCUGCCUGCAUACCAUAUUUGGCAUGUGUCCUGACCUAGUUCUUCAAAUCAAUUGAGCGCUACAACUAUCGUAGGCUGUUGUUAAAGAAUGUGAGUUAUGGCAGUUGUAGCGUUGAGAACAAUUUGAGGGAAAACACACUUGUCAAAUGCUUGUACAUAAUUUCAGUGAACAGUAUAUUAUUGAGGUCUUAUGAUAACUUCUAUAAGCUAGCCAUGUCUGGGCCUUGUUGCACAAAGCAGUCAAACUCUAAGACUCAGAAGUAUAUAUUGAGGAAUAAGUGUAAUGCUAGUCUUGGCACUAAGAUCGUUUUGUGUAACAAGGCCAAAAUCAACAUCUGGUAUCCGAGGUCAGUUGAGAAUCCUGAAAAAACCUGCUAUGCUAGGUUUAGUGGUGAAGGGUGACAAGUGCCAAAUAUACUGAUUUACACACAAAUAAUAUAUUUAUGUAGAAUUUUGCUUUUACUACAAUUUUUUACUUUACUUCAGGAAUGGUAUGUCAUUAUACGGUAUGAUAGAUGACAGUUUCGGUAUGUUUACGUGAAUAGAAUCUCCUGUUGUCAAUGUAUCAUUCAACUGGUACAUAUAGUUGUCAGGUGUGUGUUGGAAUUGGCUUGAAAGGUGGACAUUCACGUGAUGAAUUUCAUGCAUACAUACUUAGAUAUCUUUUGGAAACUGCCAAAGCAUUCUGUGUAUUGUGACAGUUCAGAUUUUUAUAAUUAAGAAUGACUGUUGCGAGUGUUAUUAUAAUGAUGUUUAUAAUGUUGACAGACUGUUACUUAGCAUGCUUUUUAAAACAAUUUCAUAAGUUGAAAACACGACUGUGCCAAGUAUAUUCAGGGUCUGAGACUAACUGUGAAAUGAUGCACUGACACCAACAGGUGAGUAAUGGUCCCUGCGUGUGUCUAAAUGAUGAUAUAAGAAAUCUUUAUUGCCAUAUCACCUGCAGGAAAUCUUAACAUGAAGUAGAUUAUUCCGAUAAAUGUCUAACAUUUUAAAUGUUAAAUUUUGUGUCAGCAUCGUGCAGCAAAUAACUGCUGAGUCAUCAGUAUUGAAUAUUUAGUUCACCAGGUCAGCUGAUAACACGGUUCACAUGGAAUAUAGUCAAUGUCAAGAUCUUAUUUGAUUAUUGAAAUUUCUAUGCAAAGUAGCCAUUUGUAUUUGAAAUGUGCUGCAGUUGAUUCAUACACUCCGUUGCUCCAUCACUAGUGGAUACAUAUGCUGCUCUGCAGUGUAGUCGCUGUUUCUAAAUCAACCAAUCAAAACACGGCCUGCUUCCCGCAGGACGUAAAGCAGCGAGUAUUCAGACCAAUACGUGCCCAUAUUACAUCACACAAAUGGCAAUGAUAUCGUGUCACAACCUUGAGGUAUCAUUUGUGCACACUGCUUCCAUAUCAGGCAAUGGCAGGUUAGCACAAGUUCAUGCAAGGAGUAGGACUCAUUUGACUUGUCAGUUAUACACAGCCUCAUUCAUUGGCUGACUGAAAAUACACAUGUCAACACUAAACUGCAUAUCAGCCCAAUGUAUUCACAGGUGAUGUAGUGUGUACCCAUGAUGUAUUGACGAUUGAUUCCACUUUACCAUGCAUACAAUGCCCUUUGUCGUUAACUACAUAAAGUCAGUAAGUCAAUGUAAUAACCGGGUAAGAACUUCUAGUUUUUUCACUUGCCAACUUGUUUACAAAACUUGUUAUUCAAACAACGGGUUUUCAAAUACAGAGAUAUUUAUCAUGCCAAAAUGUCAAGGAACAUUUAAUUUGUCAGUUUCGUUACCAAAUCUCUUUUGAGCCAUACAAAAGAAUUAAUGAUAAUACUGAUUCGUAUUGCAAGUUUAGGUGAUACUCAAAGACGCCUAAAUGUUUAUGCUAUGUAGCGAUCAAUUUGUUUUCGGAGGUUUGUUCAUUCCAGUCUGGAACAUCAACCACUGCCCCGAAGCCUGAGUCUAAUUAUAUUUUUUCUGGUCUACUAAGACCAGCUUAGGCUAUCUAAUAUGCUAAGAUGAAAAUCUGAAAAUAAUCCCAAAAUUUAGGCUUGUAGAUCGGAUGUUUUAGGCACAGAUUGUAAUUAACCAGUCCCUCGCUUUUACCAUGGUUACUAUACAACAGUUCAAAUACUCACUAAUUACAUCACAUGAUACUCCAUGCAAUGCUGAUUACAAACAAUAUAAAGAAAUAUUUAUGAUUAUAUUCUUUCAUGAUUUCUGUGGCAAAUUAUAUGCUGAUGUGACAGAUUUACAGAUAAAGUAGAUGAUUGAUAUGGGUGUCAUGGCCCCCACAACAACAUCUUCCCGCGGCAAAGGUGUUAACUCACUUUAUAAGACAGUCCAGUGUGGAAACUGGACUUUCUUAUAAAGUCAGUUAACACCUUUGCCGCGGGAAGAUGCCGACACAAUAACUGAUGACUCAAAUGUAUGAAUUAAUACCAUAAACAAUUCACUAUUUAAAUUUUGUAAACACGUCAAUAUAAGUUUUUAAUAGCUGCAUUAAUAAUGAAUCUAUGUUUGCUAUAUGAAUAUUCACAGACAUUUGAAAUUUGUAUUUGGCGACAGCUGUCCAUGAUGUGCGAGACAUUCUCUACUAGGAGAGAACCUAAUAACAAUUAAAAUAUUUUCACACUGUAACCGUGGUUACUGGUAAUGCAAAUAGUACAAUACAGGCCAGACAAUUAUUGUAUUAUUUAUAGCAUUAACUCUUGAGUUGAAUAUUGUUUGCUAAUUGUUUUUGUUAGUUAUUUAUCCGACCAUUGUCUCUUCACACCCAGUAUCUGUGAUUGUUUGUUCAGUACUUACUAACUUCACCAGUAUUAAUACUUAGGUUCAGGGUAUCAGUAGGUCUCAAAACCUAUUACUCUAUGCAGAAGAUGUAUUUAUCAACAUCAACAGAUGUCAGGGGUUUAUUGCUACAAGUCACUAAAAGAUCUCUUAUUUUCUCUGUAUUUACAGACUUAUCAUACUAAUUUUUGUAUUACCAACCUAACUAAAAGCAGAUUUCAAUUAUGAAUCCAAUCCAAUGUUAAGUUAUAGCCAAUUUAAACCAAAUGUAUUUUUUCGCAUAAAUUACCAGUAUAAUAUGAGUCUCACUUUGGCUAAUCUGAUUUUAGAUAAUCCUUUAUUAUUUUUUUACAUUAGUUGUGAAGUACAUUGAUCUUAUUUUCUAUAAACUCUUAGUUUCUUUUUAAGCUUUAACUAGACAAAUGCCAGUGCUGAAGUAUUAUGAAAUUAGUCAAAGAAAGGUAUGGGCAUCGUAAGAAACACCAUGUUCAUUUCUGUAGGCUUGUGAUUAAAUGUUGAUUUUGGAAAACAUUUACAUGAUGUUUUCAGUUCACAUAUUUUACAAGAAUACAUAUUAUUUAGCAGAGAUAUUUGAUCAAACACCUGUGAUGUCUGGAACAGAGGAAACAACACAAGGCAUUUUGAGAUGCCCCAUCGGAUGUUUUGUUUUUUCUUGUGUACACAACUCUCAGCAUUGAUAUCGAUCUGUGAUAUGAUUAUUUGUUUUAUUGAAGUGUGUGUCGUUACCUGCUGCUUAUAUGUUUUAAGAUAUAUUUUAUUUUUGAAGAUCAGGUUUUCAUAUCCAGAGUUUGUGCUGUUUAUGUGAUUUAUAAAAUGAAGUAAAUUUAUAUUGAAUGCUU